AUGCACGGAGCGCCUCCGGGUUCGCACACGCGCGCGCGCGCGCACACCCUGGCUCGAGUACACCAGCCCCGCUGGGCCGGCUCCCAGUUGCAGAACACAUUCCAUUCUUCGCGCUCAGGCACACCCCUCCGCAGUGACGAUUGGUCGGGCCGAGCCCCCUCGGCCGCCGCCACCGCCGCACUUCCUGGGACCGCUGCGCCGCAGUCCGCGGGCAGGUGGCGGGUGCGCCCGGCCGCAGUCGCCCGGCUCUGGCCCCUAUCGGGCCGCGGGCGUCCGGGCUCCAGAGGCCGCCUGGCUGGGCGCCCUGUGCCUUUUGUCUGGCGCAGAGCCGGCGUUUGCAUCACAUUUCGUAUACCUCCCUCUCUUUUUUUGCCUCUCCUUCUGCCUCCCGCUCACAUCGCCUCCCUACUCCCGCCACCGUCCCCCCGCCGGACUGCUAGCCUCCUAGACCAAAGCCUGAGGACGUCUUUGCCCGAGCGAUGUCCCUUCUCCAGAAAGUUGCCACCGCCGCCGCCGCCACUGCCGCCGCUGGGCGGUGAAACAAAGUCUGGCGGGGCCGCCUCCCUGUGCAGGAGCGCACCAGUGCCUAGCGGCUGGACUCUGCUGCCGGGCGUCCCGCCUUCUCCCGGGGAGCCCGAAACGCGCCAGGCCAUGGCCGAGGGCGCGGCCGGCAGGGAGGAUCCGGCGCCGCCUGACGCGGCGGGGGGCGAAGACGACCCCCGAGUGGGCCCGGAUGCCGCCGGGGACUGCGUGGCGGGGGCCUCUGGGGGCCGGAUGAGGGACCGUCGCAGCGGGGUCGCACUGCCGGGCACCGCCGGGACCCCAGCGGACAGCGAGGCGGGCCUCCUGGAGGCGGCACGGGCGACCCCUCGGCGCAGCAGCAUCAUCAAGGUUCUCAUGCUCCAACAACAGUGGCUACCUUCCUGUCCCGCGAAUGUACCAAGUAUGUACUACCCCAGAGUUUUGCUCUGGAACAUUCGUUCUCAUUUUUGCAUGGCUAACCCUUUCUGUAUUAGUCAGGGUUCUCCGUAGAAGGAGAAUCAAUUGGUUUUUUAUAUUUUUAAGGAGAUUUUAUUAUGGAGAAUUAGCAUAUGCAAAUAUGGAGACCACAGUGUGCUGUCUACAAACUGGAGACCCAAGACAGCUGGUGGUAUAGUUCAGUCUGAGUCCGAAGGCUGAGAGCUAGAGGAAUUGUCAGUGUGAAUCCCAGUCCGAAGGCAAGAGAAGAUGAAAUGAGAUUUCCUAGCUCAAGCGGUGAGACAAGAAACAGGGAAGUGGGGACAAAUUCCUCUUUCUUCCAUGUUUUGUUAUAUUCAAAAUGGAUUGACUGAUGCCCACAGUGGGGAGGGCAAUAUGUUUUACUGAGUCCACUGAUUCCACUGCUAAUCUCAUCCGCAAACCUUCACAAACACACCCAGGAACGAUGUUUAAUCUGGACAUCCCUUGCGUGGUCCCGUCAAGUUGACACAAAAAUUAACCAUCACACCUUCCCGCAGUUUGGGUUUCAGCUCGAACGAUUUCCCCUCAGAUAGGCCCUUUCUGACCAUCUUUCUAACUUCAUGUCCAAGACAUCCUUUGUCUUGCUAUCUAAUUAUAUUCAAUUCAGGGCUUGACAUGUACUUCCACCCUGAUCCUCUAAAUAGACAAAAAAUUUGGCCAUGUGCUGAAUUGACCACAGUGUGGAGGAAGAUGUAUUCUGCCGCAUCAUCAGUGGUGAGUAAAUGCAUUGGCGAAAACCUCUAUAGAGGGCACUUGUACAGUAUCCACUAUACUUCAUGAGGAAAAGAGACUAUGGCCAAAGUAGGAGUUCAGUAACUUGUUGAAAGAACGGUGAAUUUGAAGAUUAAAUCACAGAGUAUCUGAUUCCAGUUCUUUUUGACUUCCUUUUUUUCUCCAUAGCUUUCAUCCCAUAUUUAAAGUGUCCUCUGCUAAGAUGCCAACACAUAUCCUUUGAAGUGAAAUUUCUGGCUGGGUGCAGUGGCUCAUGCCUGUAAUCCCAGCACUUUGGGAGGCUGAGGCAGGUGG